AGAAAAUAAAUUUAAAUAAUAGAUUUAGCAAAAUUUUGUUAAAAGUAUUUUGGGUAUUGUGUGUAAGAAAACAAGAAUUUAAAAUAUGGGUUUAACGAUAUAUUGUGAAAAUGUUAAGGCGGAAACUAUAUACGAGCAGCUGGGUACGGAUAUUUGCAGUAUAACUACCGUUAAAUGGGAGGCCUCCAUUAUAGCAGCUACAUUGCUGCUGGCCAUUAUAGUUUACAUGCUGUGGAAGUUUAAAUUUAGGUGCCAUAAAGCUUUGUUAACAUUUCAUAAUUUAAGGGCAGCCGUGGCUCUUUUAUUAUUCGCCAUUAAUACAAUAGAAUUGGCCAAGGCAUUGCUGCCGCUGCCCAGCAAUAUAAAUGAUGCAGGAAUAGGUGGUAACAGUGCUAACAACGGAUAUGAAAACAAUUACCAGCAAGGAAACGGAAGUGAAAGUAAUUUGCCACAACAGCAGCAGCAGACAUUUAUAGACACCGAACCGGAUCAUAUUGUAGUUGUUAUUGGUUUUGCCUCACUGGCCAAUGCCUUGGCCGCUUUGAUUUUAACCAUCAUGUUAAUUUGGUAUCAUCGUUUGGUGGAAACAAAAAAAUCUUUAGAAUUUUUAUAUGUCAGCAGCACAUUGUCGGUGUUAAUUUUCAUUUUACGUAUUUAUGAAUUGGCGGAAAUUGUUUAUUAUGAUUCAAUUAUGGCCCUGGAAUCUAUUAUACAAGCCUCAUCGGCCUUCUGUUUAUUGCUAUUGGCCAUUAUAGAUGGUUUUACUGUUUACAAAGAGCGCUAUCGUCCCGACUACUUGGAAGACUAUGACAAAAUCGGCUACAGACACACUUUGGCUACCUUUUAUUCCAAAGCCUGCUUCUGGUGGCUAACCCCCUUGCUAUGGUUUGGCUAUAAAGAACCUUUGGAAUUGGAAGAUUUGGGUCAAAUGCGUGUAGAGGACAGUGCCCGAGCACACUAUGAUCGUUUUCUGUUAAUUUAUAAAACAGCUAAAGUGAAAAAUUCAAAUAAACCUCCCUCUUUGUGGUUGUGCUAUUUGAAAAGCAGUUGGCGGAUGUUCACAUUGGGUGGCCUGCUGAAAUUGUUUGGAGAUUUAUUUGCGGUGAUUGGGCCACUGGCCAUACAACAAAUUGUACAAUACAUAGAGAAUAUGUAUGCUUUGCAAUACAAUAAAAACAGCAACAGCAACAACAAUAAUAAUGCAUUACUACAGAUGAACACAAGCAAGAGCAAUAAUAUAAGUAGAGGCAAUAACAAUACAUCAAUUACCCCACCAGAGAUGCAAACGUCAUUGUCAUCUCUAACGUCAUUAUUAGCAAAAGCAGCAACAUCAUCGUAUUCAACAUUAUUAUCUAACGAAGAGAAUGAAGAUAAUUUAGGCAGAAGCAUUAGAAGUCCUAUUAACAUACAGGCAGCAGUUGUUAAAACUGUAAAACAAGUAGUAACACAAGCACAAGAAGCUGCUGCAGCAGCAGCAACAGGAUCAAUAUGGUUGCCAAAUUUAAAUGACACUUAUAACAAUGGCAACAGCCACAGCAACAUCAACAGCAACUAUAGGUACAAUGAGAAUAAUACCAAUGUGUAUAAUCAAAUUGCAAAUGGCAUCGAUUACAUUGAUACCACAUCCUACUCAUCAUCGUCGCCGUAUUCCAAUUUAUACUCAAGUGGUGCUGAAGUGAAAAUUUACUAUCCAACUUGGUUAGAUUUACUAGCGAAUGGCUGGGCCAUUGCCUGGUUAGUUUUGUUGGCCGCUUUGGCACAGGGUGCCUUAUCACAGGCCUCCACACAUAUACUCAAUAUGACUGGCAUCAGGAUUAAGACAUCACUGCAGGGUCUUAUUUAUCGUAAAACACUAUUGUUAAAUUCAACAUGUAUUGGUGGUGGUGAUGGUGGUGUUGGUGCAGCUGAUGUAACGGAAACUUUGAACAUCAAUUCACAAACAACAACAACAACAAAUGAAGCUAGUAAUGUUACAACAACACCUCCUGUAGCCGGAAGUAAAACUGAGAAUAGUGUGAAUGCUAAUUGUCAAAAUGAGCCUAGUAAUAAUAUGGCCAAUAAUAAUCAUAAAGAUACCAAUUACCUUAAGGCCAACAAAAACGGCAGAGAAGAAAUCGAAAAUUCUUUAAGUGAUAUUGGUGCCAUAACAAAUUUGAUGUCGGAAGACACUUUAAAUAUAAUGUCCUUCUUUUGGAUUGCUCAUUAUGUCUGGGCCAUACCCUUAAAAAUUGCUAUUGUGAUGUAUUUGCUGUAUUUAAAGCUGGGCAUAAGUGCGGUAAUUGGCUCUUUUGUGUGCAUAUUAACCAUGACUCCUUUGCAGUUUCUAAUAGGCAAAGCCAUGUCCAAAAAUACUGAAGUUAUGGCGAAAUUCACUGAUAAUCGCUUAAGAAAACUACAUGAUUGUUUUGUGGCCAUUAAACUGAUAAAACUAAAUGCCUGGGAUAAUGUGUUUAUAAAGAAAAUAACGGAGGCUAGAAAACAGGAAUUGAAAUACCUAAAUAAGGACUCUUUCUACUGGACCAUAAUGACCAUUUUAACCCACAUAUCUUCAGUUUUAAUCACUUUUGUUACCUUGGCGGUUUAUGUUUAUCGCGAAUCAGGUGCUGACUUUACCGCCAGUCGUUUAUUUUCCGCCUUGGCCCUGUUUCAACAACUCACCGUACCCCUGCUGAUAUUUCCCAUUACCGUGCCCAUCAUUUUAUCGGCUGUGGUCUCCACCAAAAGACUGGAGACAUUUUUGGCCGCCCACGAAAUACAAAAACAAUUUGAAGGCAUACGUAAUAUGGCAAGGAUUUUAAGCAAAAGUGAUGCUUCUCUGGAUAUGUAUGAGGUGAAGUCUCAAUCUUUACCCUCAAAUAUUGCUCUUAAAAAUGUUAGUGAGAAACCUAAAAUAAAGAUUAUAAUACCAGACAAACCGGCCCCCUUGGCCAAUUCAGAACCUCACACACCCUUAGUCAUAUGCGAUACGAAAGAGCCUCUACGUUUUUCGGAUGACCAUAAAAAGCUAUCGUUACAUGCUCGCAAAGAACUAUUGCGCAAUACUCCGUAUGUGGUAAUAAGACCCAGAAAGCUACAAAUGUCGGGUUUGCCUCAGGCACCAGCACCUAGUGUAGCAGCUAAUGUUGCUGCGACCAAUAAUAUACACAGGAAAACUGAUUCUUGGCAUCGUGAUUCUUUGUUGCUGAAAAUGCCCGAUGAUAUAGCGGUGUCGGUGAAGGAUUGUAAAUUCUCUUGGAAUCCUCAGAAGUUGCUGCAAAUCUUAUAUAUACGCGAUAUUGUUAUACUUAGAGGGAAACUGACCAUGAUUGUGGGUAAGAAUGGCAGUGGCAAGUCUUCAUUGCUGUCGGCAUUGCUGAUGGAAAUGCCUUUGAUAUCGGGUGAUAUGAUAUGGAACAAAACCUCUACCAUUGCCUUUGUGCCCCAGCAGCCAUGGCUGCUUAAUGCCAGCAUUCGAGAGAAUAUUCUAUUUGGUGAAUCUUUUCGUCCACGACGUUACGAUUUCGUUUUAGAAGCCUGUGCUCUCAAGCCAGACAUAGAGCUAAUGCCGGCCGGUGAUUUGACAGUGAUAGGAGAGCGGGGUAUAAACAUGUCGGGUGGUCAAAGGCAGAGAGUGGCCAUAGCCAGAGCUUUAUACUCAUCAGCCAACGUGGUGAUAAUGGAUGAUCCUUUAUCAUCGUUAGACAAUGAAGUGGCCCGUCACAUAUUUGAACAAAGUAUUAAAAAAAUGCUAUUGAAAGCCAAUCGCACUGUCAUUUUAGUGACACAACAAUUAAAUUUACUCCAACAGGCGCACAAUUUAAUUGUGUUGAAAGAUGGUUGCCUGCAAGCAUCCGGUAGCUACAAGGAUAUCGAAGUAACUCAUCCUCAUAUAAUCGCUAAAUGGAAUUCAAUAAUUGCUAAAGCCAAUGCAAAAGACCAACAAAAUAAUUCAGUCGAAAAUGCCGCCUUAGGACGCACUGCGCGUGAACGUUGGAAAUUAUUUAAAAAUGUGGCCAAAGUGGGUCUACAACGCUCAACCUCCAUAACAAAUGCAGGUGCUGGCAAUAGUGCUACAGCUGCUCAUAACAGUCACAGUGAAGUGGAUGCGGAAACAGAAAUGAAAACAACCAUUUCUAUGGAAAAUAUAUUGGCGGCCGAUGAUGAUGAAGAUGCUUACAAUCAAAUGAUGCCGGUGCAUUCCUCAAUGAUCUCCCACAACACCAGUUUCAAACUGAAACGUACGCCCUCCACCGUCUACGGCUCCAGACAUCUCAUCUAUGAUGUACCUCUACCCCUGGAUGAAUGUCAAACCGACAACGUUAUACUAAGACGCCGCAGACGCACCAGCAGUCGCAGCGAUAGUCAGCAAAAAGCACGGCCCAGCUCACGAACCUCUAGUCGCUUGAGUAACAUCAGCAAUACACCCACCGAAUUGAGAAGAAGUUUACUAACGAACAGCUGCAGCAGUGCCAAUAGUUAUAUGACCAAUUUAAGCAGCAAUUAUGGUGAUGAAUCGCCUUCCACACGCACCCAAUCAUGGCAGCCGGUAGGAGCAACCAACAAUAAACAACAUCAGCCGGUGGCAAGGAAUAUUUCCUCGCCUCCGGCUUUCGAUGAGCAACAGGUGAAAGAGGAAGAUGAAAAAGAUUCGGAUGCAGCUUUAGUGGCCGAUUUGGUAAAGACAUCGGGAUCCAAUAAUGGUUUUCAACAGUUUCUAAGAAGAAUGUCCAUGCGGAAAUCAUGUAAGCCCAAGGGAGUGGUAACAGUGCAACAUAAUAGAAGACAGCAUGGCAAUACUGGGUCAAUAUUAAGCAUCUCAGAGGAAUCUGGCAUUGCUGGCUGUAGUGCUGCCUCAGUGCCAUCAAUUGAAUUGAGUUCAGUGGCUGCAACGGAUGCUGAAACUGAGACGGAAAGUUGGAUAGCGGGUAUAGAAAAUGAAGAAUCCAUACAAGAUGCCAAUAUUGACUAUAAAAUGUUGCUGGCCAACAAUGAAAAUAAUUCAAUGAAAACAGGUGGUGCUGAUGUUGCUACAGCCUGCAAUAAACCAAUCUGCAAUACAGCAGCGGCAGCAACAACAACAACAUUGCCACAAACUUUAGCAGAAAAAACAACUACAAAUUAUGAUGUUGAACGUAAAUAUGGCAAAAUACCGGCGGAAAUAUAUUUGCUUUAUUUGCGUGCAUCUGGUUUAACAAUUGUUUUAAUAUUUUUCAUCACGGCCCUAAUUUGGCAAACAUUGCGUGUUUAUACGGAUGUCUGGUUACAGCAAUGGACUGACUACAACAUCCAUUCAUAUAAUCUACAAAAAGCAACAGCAGUUGCUCCACUUGCUGCCACAAAAAAUAUAUCCGCACUACAUAAACAGCAACAACAGCAGCCAACAGAGCAACAAAUGAGCCACAAAUAUGCAUCAGCAGCAACAACAACUACAAUGACUGCAUUUGCAUCUGCAUCAGUGGUAUCUUCUGGAGCAACAAUGACUGAAAAUGUGGAUCGUCAUGAAGUCACGUAUUAUUUUCAUAUUUAUGCGGCCAUUUCGGGUGUUUGUAUUGUGAUGGCCAUGUUAUCAACGCCGGCUGGUCAAUGGGCCGGCUGUAAAGCUCGUCAAAAUUUGCAUGAUAAACUUUUACAGUCGAUUAUGCACAAGUCAUUGCAUUUUUUUCAAAUUACCCCAUUGGGCAGAAUAAUGAAUAGGUUUAGUAAUGAUAUGGCCAUAAUAGAUAAGAAAAUUGCUGCUACUAGUCAGCGCCUGUUACAAUUUACUUUAUUGUGUCUGUGUGCCAUUCUAAUCAAUGUCAUUAUUACCCCCUGGUUUAUGGUGGUGACCAUACCCGUCUGUCUGGCAUAUUAUGCCAUUCAAAAGUUCUAUAGAUGUUCCUCCAGAGAAUUGCAGCGUAUUGAGAAUUCCACAAACUCACCAGUCAUUUCCCAUCUAUCGGAAACAAUACAAGGUGUAACUACAAUACGUGCCUACAAUCAGGAGUCACGUUUCACAGAAAUCCUGUUUCGGCGUCUCGAAGAAAAUACUAUAGCCUUUACCAUAUUGAAUACAAGCAAUCGCUGGUUGGGAAUAUCAUUGGAUUACCUGGGUGGUGUGAUUGUAUUUGUGGCCAUAGUGACAGCUUUAUUGGCGGCAACAAUAGCCUGCAACAGUUAUAGUAAACAACAGCAGCAGCAACAAUCCAGCAAUGAUGAACACAUGAUGACAGGCGACACAAAAGAAACACUGUUGCCCCUAACACCGACACCAUCUUUAGUUGGUUUGGCCAUAAACUAUACACUGCUGAUGCCAAUUUAUUUGAAUUGGGUUGUAAAACUUUUGGCCGAUAUGGAAAUGUAUGUUGGUUCCGUUGAACGUAUUGCUUAUUAUGCUGAUGCUUCGGAAACUAUGGAAGUCGAUGAUGAAAACAAUAAAUUAGGGCACCCAGAAGAAACUACAGAAAAAACAGGACAUAAUGAAGAAAACAGAGCUGGCGCUGAUGAUGUGGCAAAUGUCAGUUGUAGCAGCAACAACAAUUGUAAAGAGUGCAUCAUAACAAAAGAAAAUAAUGAAGAUAUUGUACCAAAUACUUUAACUAUCACUGGUCUGAUAGCAAAGUCUACAACUUCACCAGACAACAAUGAUAAAUGUUUAAACUUAACUGCAAAUAAUAAAACAACCGACAACAAUGUCGAUACAGCUACUGCCACAGCUUGUACCAUAAAUAAAGCAGCUACUGAUGAUGAUACCCAUCAUCAUCUUACUAAUGAUGGACAUAUUGCAGCUGAAACCACAAAAACUUUAGCACAUAAACAGCAAACAACAAUAGCAGCAGCAGCAGCAUCAGGAGCAGGAGCAACAAAAUGUGACGACAACAAUGACAUGAAGACGAUUGCAACAUCACCACGAACAUCUACAGCAGCAGCCAAGAACAUUAAGAAUAAGAAGUCUUUUACAUCUUCUAACUCGAACACAUCGUCGAAGCCAUUAGAACGUAAUGAUGCAGAAAGGAGAGCCAGUGUGCGUCGUUUGGCCAAGUAUAAAAAACAAUACAAACCAGUAGCAAUUUCGUGGCCACAACGUGGUGAUAUAUCUUUUGAAAAUGUCAGUUUACGUUAUGAAGGCCAACCAGAGGAUGUUAUUAAAAAUUUAAAUUUAACAAUAGCAUCAGGUCAAAGGAUUGGCAUUUGUGGCCGCACCGGCAGUGGUAAAUCAUCAUUGGCCUUGUCACUGUUUGGUGUUUUACAGAUCAGUCAUGGUUGCAUACGCAUCGAUGGCAAUGAUAUCGCCACCAUACAUCCCGAUGAGAUACGUACGAGAUUAUCAAUAAUCCCACAGGAUGUGCAUUUGUUUAGCAUGACAGUUAGAGAGAAUCUUGACCCGUCUGGUUACUAUUCGGAUUUAGAGCUAUGGAAUUGCCUUGAAUUGGCACAAUUGAAGGAGUUUGUCAAUACAAAAAUGCCACAGGGCUUGGAUACUGAAAUCCUGGAUGGUGGUCUUAACUUGAGUGUGGGUCAUCGUCAACUGUUCUGUUUGGCACGUGCCAUUUUAAGGGGUUCCGUGUGUUUGGUGUUAGAUGAGGCCACCAGUGCCUUAGAUGCUACCACAGAAAGGGCUUUACUAAAUGCCGCUCAUAAGGCUUUUCAGGGCAGAACCAUUAUCACCAUAGCUCAUCGUUUAUCCACCAUUAUGGACUAUGAUCGUAUUAUUGUUUUGGAUCAAGGCAAAAUCAUAGAAGAUGGCUCACCCCAAGAGUUAAAGCAGAAACCAGAUGGUAUUUUUUCCACACUUAUACAUUCGGGUCGACCUUUGUCUGCUAUCAGCCUGGACGAUGUGCUUAAUUAAGCUUCCAAAGUUAUUGUAGCUUUAACUGUAUUUUAGUUUUGUGUAUAAAUUGUACUUAAUUUGUAAAUUAUUGUAAUAUUUCUGUUCAUGUAUAAAAUAAAUCACAUAUAUUUUAACGA